GCGUUGAACAUCAACGGCACAUGCAGCACUCUCUAUAUAAUCUGUCAUCAUCGAGACAGUUUAGCAUUAGAAUGCGAGAGAGAGAGAGAGAGAGAUGGGCAGAAAUCCUAGCAGUGGUAAAGAUGGAUUGAAGUUGAAGAAAGGAGUUUGGUCGGCUGUUGAAGAUCAAAUCCUCGUCGAUUACGUCAAAGUUCAUGGCCAAGGGAAAUGGGGCAAAGUUCGUAAGGUAACAGGCCUCAGGAGGUGUGGAAAGAGCUGUAGGCUUCGUUGGUUAAAUUACCUAAGACCAGAUAUCAAGAGAGGAAACAUAUCGCUUGAAGAAGAGGAACUCAUCGUUAGGCUCCAUAAGCUCCUAGGCAACAGGUGGGCUCUUAUCGCGGGAAGGCUUCCUGGCCGGACAGAUAAUGAGAUAAAGAAUUACUGGAACUCCACCAUAAAGAAGAAGCUAGUCCAAGAAAACGGUGACCAGCCAAUGAACUCAAAGUGGGAGGAUGACAAGCCCUUAAAUGAGACCGCCACGGCUGAAUCACAAGGCGAUGCCCAUCGUGAGAGUAAGCCGUGUAAUUCAGAAGGCGUCGUUUCAGAUAGAAUGAUGGAGUCAAUUGAAGAAAAGCACUCCGAGCUCUUUGAAGGCAAUGAAGAUGGAGGGAAUCAAAACGGGUGGAUUUCUGAGGAAAUGCUGUCUACAUGGGUUGCUGAGUUGCUGGGCUGA